UGGAAUUUCGGAUCGAAUUACACGAGAUAGGGCUGCUCCUCGCUGUUCUCCCUCCUCGCUCGCCCCUUGCGCCGCCGUUCUCAUCACCCAUCGCCCCUCUUCUCCGGCGGCGCUUCGUUCCUUCACCCUCUUGUGCCUCGUCCCUCCGCUCCUCUAGCCGUUCGCCUCCCUUCCGCCGCUCGAUCUCUUCGUAGUUCAUUUCUCACCUUCCGCGCGCACAUAGCGAGUUCCCGCUGUUCACUCUGCUCGCGCAAUUUGAAUAUUUGCUGGUAAGGUGCUGCAACUUCUCGCGACCGUCGUCUGUAACGCGGUCAGUACCGACGGCGUCGUCGACUAGCCGUUCGUGCUCUCUCUCCACUGGGCUUGUAGUUGCUCUGCUACGUUGUGCUAUAUUGUGUGCAUCCAAUCUCUUAUCGCCGUUUGCAUUUGACACUUUGCCUAGAUUAGUGACAACCAUAAACCGAGUUGGUAGUGGUUUGAUUAGCUAUUCUAACAGAGUUACGAGUUCAGAGUCGUCAUGAAUUUGCAGAAGUCGUCUGCAUCCUUUCUUGUGACUAUUUUAGAAUUGCAGAAUGAUGUAGAACUCUGGAAAUUGAUAUUUGUGGCACAUGAUUCCAUAUAAUUGUGUGUUCGAUCUCAAAUGCACAGUAAGAAGAUCGAUCGUUUAUCUUCCAUGUUUAGCAUUCUACCAUCAAAUUGUCGAACUUGAUGGGGAAGAAUUGCUGCCAGCGGUAUGGUAUAGAGCUGCCUAUGCUAAGAUAAUCAAACUAUCACCUGUUCUGAAAGAUUUGAAGCAGAUUGAUGGUAAACUCAUAAAUAGAAACGACAACUCUGUCAUUACUGAUGACUAUGUUAUCAGCCACAACCGGUUGUUCAAUUCCAUUGCUAAAACGUUUGUCAGACCUAUCUCGUUGCAGUUUUCUCGAAAUAAUACCAUUGCACAACCUGUAGAAUCAUCUCCAGUACUUUUCAGUAAGCCUAGUGAAAGAGAUUCAAUCAUUGUAGAUUCACUUACAAAGAUCUGUGAUUUCCUCAAUGUGUCUGUUCAAAAGAGGAAGUUUGUUCGUUUGGCAGUGUGUCCACAAGUUACACAGCGCCAUAUAUGGAGGGGAGCGCUUGAAGAGAUCUUUGGAAACUUAAAGCAAGAAAUGCACUUCCUGCCAUGCUGUUCAAAAGAUUUUCAGAUGAGUGAGCAGAUACUAUCUAACUGUGUCAAGUUUUUGACCGAAAUCAAGGACCCAUCAAGUUAUGCCUCUCCAUCUUGGAUGCGACCGGCCCCUUUGAACAAGGUCGUGAAGAUGCAGCCUUCACGCAAAUGGGAAGAACUGCUCGAGAUGAUAGAUGAUCUUUUAGAGGUUUUGGGAAAAGAGAACAACUUCGCACAUCAUGUAUCAAGGCUUGAAAUGAUGAAAAAGGGAUUGUGGCAGAUCAAAGACAUCAUAGUCGAGAGAGAUAUUACUCACAAGGAGGUUCGGCGGCAGGAUUGCCUUCUCCAAAAAAAGUUAACAAAAAGUUUAGGGCACUCAUCCAAGUGUUUAUUUAUUUUGUUACAAUAUUAUCUGCACGGAACUGUUGAAGAAAUCGAAAUUGAGGUUUGUGGAGGGCUUCACCGUUACGGUGGCAAAACAUAUUUAUGCAUGGGAAAAUUUUUAACUUUCUCCGACGAAGAGUCAAUAAUGAGUGGAAUCAUGCAACUGAACAAAGUCCUGAGCGUCUUCAAGUUUGUGUGGGAAACAGCAGCCAUGGAAGGGGUCUUGGUGCUGCAAGGGCAUGUCUGGUGCCCAGAUGUUGACGAAAGGUCUCUCACCUACAGAGGCAAUGUGUAUUACUUGCAUGGCAUAAGGUUUUCCUCAUCUUUCGAAUGAAGUCAAGAAAUAGCCCUUUCCACCAUAUAAGGUAAAAUAAGUUAAACUAUCAACUUUCUUUCAGUAUCUUCACCUUUAUUGCUCUAGUCCAUCUCUUU